AUGGGGAGAGCUGACCCAGAGGAAGGGCAGCUCCCAGCUCCCGUGAAGCCCCCGGAUGGUGGCUGGGGCUGGAUCGUGCUCUUCGGCUGCUUUGUGAUCACUGGCUUCUCCUAUGCCUUCCCGAAAGCCGUUAGUGUCUACUUCAAGGAGCUCAUGAAAGAUUUCCACGUGGGCUACAGUGACACAGCCUGGAUCUCCUCCAUCAUGCUGGCCAUGCUCUAUGGGACAGGACCAGUAUGCAGCAUCAUGGUGAACCAGUUUGGCUGCCGGCCUGUGAUGCUCAUCGGCGGGCUGCUAGCUUCCUCUGGGAUGAUCCUGGCAUCUUUUACCACCAACAUCAUCGAGCUUUAUCUGACAGCUGGCGUGCUGACAGGUCUGGGUAUGGCGCUGAACUUCCAGCCCUCACUGAUCAUGCUGGGCACCUACUUUGACAAGCGUCGGCCUCUUGCCAAUGGACUGGCUGCUGCUGGGAGCCCUGUCUUCCUUUCCUCCCUCUCGCCACUGGGGCAGGUGCUGCUGGAGAAGUUUGGUUGGCGAGGAGGGUUCCUCAUCAUGGGGGGCCUUCUGCUUAACUGCUGCACUUGUGGGGCAGUCAUGAGACCCCUGGAUAUGGGCAUGAAGAGGAAGAUGGAGAAGACUCAGGACAAGUAUGAAGCCAAGGAGAUGUUGCCCAUAGGAGGGAAGUCAGAGGAGGGCAUCAGCUCCACAGAUGGAACCAAGAAAGCCAAGAAAGCCAAGAAGAAGCCCAAGAAAGGAAAGAAGCUGUUGGAUUUUAGUAUCUUUUCCAACCGAGGGUUUAUCAUUUACACCAUCUCAAAGUUCAUCCUGGUCUUGGGUCUCUUUGUGCCCCCCAUAUUGCUGGUCAACUACGCCAAGGACACAGGAGUACCAGACACAGAGGCUGCAUUCUUGCUCUCCAUCAUCGGUUUCAUAGACAUCUUUGCCCGACCAGCCUGCGGCAUGGUGGCGGGGUUGAAGUGGGUCCGUCCUCACGUGGCCUACCUGUUCAGCUUCGCUAUGCUCUUCAACGGCCUGACGGACAUCUGCAGCGCCAGGGCUAGCAACUACACGGGGCUGGUCAUCUUCUGCGUCUUCUUCGGCAUCUCCUACGGCAUGGUGGGGGCACUGCAGUUCGAGGUGCUGAUGGCCAUCGUUGGCUCCCAGAAGUUCUCCAGUGCCAUCGGGCUGGUCCUGCUUAUCGAGGCGUUCGCUGUGCUCAUUGGUCCCCCCUCUGCAGGCCGUUUGGUCGACGCUCUCAAGAACUACGAGGUGAUCUUCUACCUGGCGGGCUCAGAGGUGGUGCUCUCCGCUCUCUUCCUGGCCAUGGCCACCUACUGCUGCCUGAACCGAGGGAAGAAGAAGACGCCUCCCCCAGAGAAGACCCCGUCGGGGGGUGGUGGGAGCGACACCGAAGAAGCAGAGUCCGACGUGCAGGAAGCCGAGGAGCACAGCAGCGACAACCACCAGCCGGCCCACAGCACCGACAACGCCGUGGUGGCAGCCAGCGAGGAGGCCAACCAUGUGGAGGACGAGCAGAGCGGGGAGGGAGGCAGGUGUCCCGAGGGGGACAGGGAGGUGUUGGCACAAGCUGGCUGCAAUGCUGACCAGACGGUGGAGAGGGACAGUUUUUAA